AUGACUGGACCGCUGGUUGUCGUUGUCCACUUCGGGAACCCCCGGCAGUACUUCCAGGUACUCGCCAAGGUGGGCGAAGGUCGAUUUCACGUGGCUCUGCGGGUGGCCCCCUUGCGCAACGCCCUGGGGCACCGCAUCGGCGAGGGCGAUUUUGUCCUCAAGUUUGCCAAGCAGGAGACGGGGCAGGCCGACUCGCCCCUGCGGGUGGAAGCACGCAACGUCCCAGUGUUCCAGACGGCACAGCUUGACAGCCCGUACGAAUGCCCCAACAUCGCCAGGCUGAUGUUCGACUUCACCGGCUCCCGGAACGUCGGGAAUCUGCUGGCACAUGGAGACCUGAGCUCCACGCUCUGGAACUUUUAUUCCGUCGGAACCCUCGGGUCCCUCUGCCUCGCUCUCCGUGAGUCGGACGCCCCCUUUCCCGCCUACUUCGGCGCUCGGCUGCUCUCCCAGAUGCUCGAGGCGGUCUACGCGAUGCACAUGGAGCAUCGUGAGUUUGCGAUCACGCACCGGGACGAGUGCUCGGCCAACGUGUUCAUCGACUACCCGAUGCGCGGGGACCCGGGCUUUCUCCUGGGCGACUUUUGUGAGGGCCAGAUCCUCCGCGCGUCGUCCGGGACAAAGCCCCGGUAUGACGCGCUCCGGGACAGCAUCACUAGGGUCUGCCGGGGCAGCAUCUUCGAAGUGCCGCACAGCAACUCGCAGCGCAGCGAGCGGCAGUACUGGCAGCAGAUUCGCGUCCACCUCGACAGGGUCGUCUCCGCCGCCGCGCGGGCCCCGACCCGCCCCGGCAUGCGCGGCUGGAACGACAUGGGCCGCGCGCUGAGCGACGCCAUCGUCGCCCUGCAGCACCUGGCGCAGGCCAUCGUGUUCGCCGAGGGGGGCGACGCGCUGUUUGCCGACUUCCGAGAGGUGGCGCGUGAUCUUGCUGACCGCAACUCGCGACCAUCCCUGACGGCCGACAACUAUGCUGACGCGGUGCACUUGGCAGAAAGCACUUUCAAGCUCCGCACUGGCUGGAAGAUCGCUGGUACGCUGCCCGGCAACCCUCACGAGGCUGAUCUGAACAAUCUGAUGGACCCGCCGCGACGGGAGUAAGGGUGGACAACGGACUCACUGACCCCUUUGCUUCUUCUCCCGCAUGCAGUCUUCACCGGCGGUUAUAGGCAGGUUGGAGGUGCCUG